AUGAUCAUCAAAAUCCCUAACAUUUCCGUACUUUAUAGACGCAAGAUCCCUGUGUGGGCAGUAAACAAGGCGACAAAGCACAUUGCACCCCGCGUUAUUUCAUGUCUCGUGAAGGCGGCACGAACAUAUCCUGCCUGGAAGGCACGCCACUCUCCUCACCUAAAACCGUGGCGCAACCCCGAUCAGUUGACUGUGCCUCGUAUUAACUGGGCAGAUGUGUCCCCUGUUCCAAGUGACCUCUUUUCGAGUUCUAACGGGGAGGCCACUGAAGAAGAUGAAGGUGAAGAGGAUGUAAUGGCAGCCGAUGAGGAAGCUUUAGCACGGCUGGAGCGCGACGUUGACCAGCUGAUUGUUGACAGUGGCAUAUAUACUGAAGACAUUGUGGAUAGUGUAGAACCAAUAAUGUUAGAAACAGGUUUCAAUGGCUUGGCGAAACCGGUUACCUAG